AUGGCCGCCUUCCCCUCCCUCUCCCCGAGCGCAAGCGUAGCAAUAGGCAUCCUCGUCGGCCUGCUGAGCACCUGCAUCCAAUCCCUGGGCCUAACCCUCCAACGCAAAUCCCACAUCCUCGAGGACGAAAAAGCCCACAACAACCACUCGGCCUCGCCCGCCCGCCCCGCAUACAGGCGGCGAAGAUGGCAAGUCGGCAUGCUCAUCUUCCUGCUCGCGAAUAUCGUCGGGUCCAGCAUCCAGAUCACGACGUUGCCGUUACCACUAUUGAGUACACUACAAGCGUCCGGGUUGGUGUUUAAUUCUAUACUGGCUAGCUUGCUGUUAAAGGAACAGUUCACGAUACGGACGGGAUAUGGGACUCUACUAGUAGCGGGCGGUGCCGUCCUGAUCUCGUUGUUCUCCGCCUUGCCGGAACCGAGCCAUAAUCUGGAUCAACUUAUCGCAUUACUGGGAUACCAAAGCUUCUUGCUCUGGUUUAUUCUAUCCUUAGUCCUGGUACUAGUAUUACUGGCUAUGGACUUCACGAUGCGCAGAUUGCUCUCGCAGUCGAAGAGGGAUAGUCCGCGCUUACUAUUGGUUCGAGGAAUGGGCUAUGGAGCCAUCUCCGGCAUCCUCUCGGCACACGGCCUCCUACUCGCGAAAAGCGCAGUAGAAUUGAUCGUGCGGAGUUUCGCGGACAAGGAGAACCAGUUUCGAAACUAUCGGUCUUGGCUUUUGGUCUUGGCUUUCCUGGUCCUGGCGUUGAGUCAAUUGUACUACCUCCAUCUUGGUCUCCGGUUGAUCUCGACGAGUGUACUCUACCCUUUCGUCUUCUGCAUUUACAACAUCGUUGCGAUUCUGGACGGCCUGAUUUAUUUCCGGCAGAUGGAUCGGUUGCCGCCGUUGCAUGCUGGGCUCAUUGCUCUGGGGACGGUGAUCUUGCUCGCGGGUGUCCUGGCGUUGAGCUGGAGGUUGGAAGAUAGUGGGGAGGCGGGGGAUACAGAGCAUAGGCACCAGAUGGCGCAGCAUGAGAUCCCGCAGACGGUGCUUACGCCUGGAUUAGGGUUUGUGGGAGAUCCCGAGGACGAUGAAGAUGAUAGCGAGACGACGGAUUCGGCCAUCGUGGACGAAGACGACUACCGCGAUCUGGAAACUGGUCUUGAUGCAGAAGGAUCACGAGACGAAGAAGAACCACUCAUCACCAAAGCACUCAAACGAGCAAGCACAAGCAAGAGCAACGGCAGUUCGCACAAACCCCGAUCGACAAGUAAGCGGCGGAAACGAGCGAGUACGCUCAAAGACGUCCUCGAUAUCUGGGAGGAACUGGGUGACGAUCAUCGCAAAGGUGAUGAGGAGGAGGAAGAAGCCUACGGCACUUUCCCCCCUCCUCAUGAGCGCCGCAGACCCGCAAGCGCAGGCGAUAUCACGCGCCAAAACCGGCAUGCUCGGUUCGAGAAUCCUCCGCCUCCCUCGCGGCCAAAUGAUGGCCAUCUCACAAACGGCGACACAGCAGGCUUGAACCAAAAUGAAGCUUUGCCGACUCAGGAUCCUCAUCCUCGUCACGCAAAUACCCUCCCACCCACUGUACCAGCGCCAUCAGACCACCGCUCGCAUAGCGGAAGAAGGCGGAGGAGAAGUACGCAUGGGACUAGUGCGGCGCCGGGGAGUGGGGCGCUGUUUAGGGAUAUGUUAACUGCGGAUUGGUGGCGUGCUUCUGAUCGGCGACGGCAGAGGAGGAGGAGUGAAGGGGGGGAUGUGGUUGAUGCGGGGGGGAUGGAUAUGCAUGGGAGGAUGGGGGAGCGAUGA